AUGAGCGAGAUAAAAUUGUUUCUGAAUGAAGGUUUCAGCAUAAAAGAUCUUGGAAAUCUUAAGUAUUUUUUGGGGAUGAAGGUCGCUCGAACGGAAGAAGGUAUGGUACUUAGUCAAAGGAAGUACACUCUUGACAUUGUUGAAGAUGCUGGUAUGCUUGGAUGUCGGCCGAGUCCGAUACCUAUGGAACAAAAUCUAAAGUUGGAAGUAGGAAAGGAGGAAGAUCGGUUUGAUCCAAGUCAUUAUCGGCGACUUAUCAGGAGGUUGCUCUAUCUCCAUGCCACACGUCCCGAUAUUGCCCAUUCAGUUAGUAUCCUAAGCCAGUUUGUGGCGGAUCCUCGUACAAGUCAUCUUGAAGCCGCUACAAGGGUCGUUAGAUAUUUGAAGGUAACCGCUGGGCAAGGCAUCCUAUUGCCGAAGACAGGGGAAACAAUCUCGUGGCCUAUACCGAUUCCGACUGGCUAG